AAAAAAAUGAUCCUCAUGAAAUGAUGGCUGCUUUAUUCUGAAUGAGAGAAGGUGGCCUCCCAUAACCACCUGUAUAGCAGGAGACACACAGUACCUAGGUUCUCACACAGUGGCUGGGAGAGGAGGGGUAAUGUGCUUCUAAAGCUCAUCCAUCCAACAACUCCCAUUGGUUCUUUAAUGAAGACGUGCAAAUAGGAUUCAAAUUCAUGCAUCAUUACACAUUACAUGCACGUGUGUCUCAGACCCUGGCAACCUGCAGCAACACAAGCCAUCUGUAUAAAGGCGAGCUCUCCCGACAGUGUGCAUGUGUGUACAACAUCGUUCCCCAGUACCCCAUACCCUGGUGGUACAGUGUCUAAAGCCAGUUAGGGCCCCGCGGGUAUACGCAUGUGUACACGGGGCAGAGCCCAGAUGUUCUGCGCAUGCUCAGUAGGCACCCGGCGCCUGCGCCUAGGGAGAGAAUGCGGAGCUCAGACGCAUGCGCGCUGCCUUUCGCUGGUUUGGGUGAUGUUUUUAACCAAUCGUUAAACCCAAGGCGCAAGAGCACGGCUCGCGUUGGAGAAUGGCGGAGACCCGAGACCGCCUGUCGCAGGAAUCGACGGGAGCCGUGGAGGAGGGUGAAGGUCAGGCUGGAUUUUUGGAGGAGCCUGAAGACUUGCUGGCCAUGGUGAAGAAGCUGCAGAAAGAGGGAACCCUGGAGCCACAGAUUGAAGACCUGAUUCGGCGGAUUAACGAGCUUCAGCAAGCAAAGAAGAAAUCCGACGAAGAAUUGAGAGAGACCAAAGCUCUCUGGGAGGCCCUGAAUAGGGAGUUAGACUCCUUGAAUGGCGAGAAAAUGCACCUAGAGGAGAUCCUGAAGAAAAAGCAAGAGGCGCUCGUGAUCCUCCAGCAGCACCGCCAGGUCCAAGAAGGGGAGACUCCCAGGUUGAUUGUGGAAGAGCAGCAGAAGGAUCUGGUGGCCCAGCGCAAGGACCUCUGGGAGUUCCGUGUGCUGGAGCAGCGACUGGCCCGCGACAUCCGCGCCCUGGAGCGCAACCGGGAGCACCUGCGGGCGAACGGGAGCCGGCUGCGAGCGCGGCUGCAGGAGAUGGAGCAUCGGCUGCGCCCCACGCCGGAGCUCGGAGCCGCCCCAGCAGGGUCUGGCAGGCUAUUGGCGGAGCUCCGCAGUUUGGAGGAACCUGGAGAGAGAUGGGGCCUGGGGCUGGAGACGAGGGGCCAGGACAGAGCCGGGGAAGACGCGGCGGGGUCGAGGGAACAGGGUGACCCGGCUUCCAGACGUCGGCCAGCAGCCACACUCUCGCCGCUGCAGGCCUGCGACGCAGAGGACGAACCGGAGCCGCAGGCGGAGCCCGCACCGUGAGCAGCAGCAGCACCACCCGCCCGCCCGCCCGCCUUCACGGGGCUUCCCCGAAAUAAAGACGCGGUCUUGGGCUGUCCUGGGCUCGGGUGCGUGUGCUGCCUCUGCGGGCUGGCGGGUGGCUCGAUGGUCAGGCGGGUGUGCAGGGCAGCAAGACUGGGUUCCCGAGCCACCCCUUUUGCAAGGGUUUGAGGGACCCUGCUGAAGACCCAGGCCAGACCUCGGGUCCCUUGGUGGGCUUCUGUGGUCGCGCACACCUCCAGCCUUUCGCGAUAGUCCGCCUGCACUUGUCCCAUCAGUGUGGGUUCUCAGCCAUACAGUCAUGGGUUCCAGGACCUCAAGCACACCACACCCAAUGUCCCCGCAGUCCUCGGCUAGGAUGGCCAACCUUUGGGUCUCCUGGCUGCCUCUACACCCAUCGCCUGCCAGUUAAAUAUCUCAGAACUGAGCUACAAAGAAACUAGCUAGGAAGAAAUGAGAGGAGCCCAAGAAGGGCCAGCUGUGGACAGUGUAGGGCAGGGACGGUGAGGCGGAGAGGUUCUGAGGUCCUCCAGGUGGCCGAUCACUGUCCAGGAGGGCCAGGGCACAUGUGUCACCAGGACACCAGCGCAGAGGGUCCCAGCUCUGCCUGCCAGCUGUGCGCGUCAGUCAAAUUACUUCUCUGGGC